AUGAGUGAUCGAAAGCAAUAAUUAGAAAAGAAGGAGAAGGACUAUCAUCAAUCUCUUUUAAUGGAAAAGUAAGUACUGGAUGAAUUUCAUAAACCAUAUGAUAUUAUGAGAAAACCAUAAUUAGAUACUAUGAAUGAAGGUUCUUUGAGUGAAAAAGUCAAAUAAUAUUUUCAAAAUUUGAAUGUUAUUAAAUAGACUAAUAUGGUUUUAAUACAAAUAAGAUUAUGA